GUGAAGUCAGAUAGAUAGCAGUCUAUCUGUUCCUGAGUUCCCUUUACCACGGGGAAGAAAGUGCUCAGCCGCUAGCCCGAUGUACUUCAUGACUUCAUUUCAGCCAAGUGUGGGGACCAGACAGGAUUUGUUGGUGACCGGCAGAUCAGUACUGGAGCCCUCUGAUUCCAUCUCGGUGUGUUUGAUUUGACAAUGGAGUCUUUCUCUGCUGACACCAAUUCAACUGACCCACACGCACCGCCUCCACUUAAAGCCGAACAAAUCCUCUCUAUGGUCAUUCUCUGCCUCACGUGUCUACUGGGGCUGCCAGGCAACGGGCUGGUGCUUUGGGUGGCUGGCCUAAAGAUGAAGCGGACGGUGAACACGGUUUGGUUUCUCCAUCUCACGCUGGCCGAUUUCAUCUGCUGCCUUUCCUUGCCCCUCUCCCUGGCUAACCUGAUUCUCCGAGGCUACUGGCCCUAUGGCUUGUUCCUGUGCAAACUUAUCCCAUCCAUCAUCAUCCUCAACAUGUUUGCCAGUGUCUUCCUGCUUACGGCCAUUAGCCUGGACCGCUGUCUGAUGGUAUACAAGCCAAUCUGGUGCCAGAAUCAUCGGAAUGUGAGAACAGCCUUCACCGUCUGUGGAUGUGUUUGGGCGGUGGCCUUUGUGAUGUGUGUACCAGUAUUUAUAUACCGUGAUCUACUCACUAUAGACAAUCACAGUAUAUGUACCUAUAAUUUUGAUUCCCACGAAAAUUUUGAUUAUUGGGACUACAUGUAUAAAGAUCUACCAGAAAGCAAUACUACUGACAACGCCACCGCUCAGCUAAUAGGACAAACGGACGACAGAUCAGAGCCUUCCUCUUUCCAAAAAAGUGAUGACUGUCAGACAGCUGUCACGGCCCUCCAGUCACAAAUAUUCCAAAAACCUUCUGAAGAUCCAUUCCCUCUAGAUUCAGCAAGACUAUCUAGUGAACAAGGUCACAACAGUGUAAAACAGCCCCGUGUGCUCUUACCCACCAUCCCCAGUGGGCUUCCUGUGGAAGAUGACAGAACCGACACACACAACACCGACGCUUUUCUCUCUGCUCAUACAGGGCUUUCCACUACUGCUUCUAGCAGUGACGUACCUCACCCUGAUUUCUGGGAUGACUAUUCCACUCAGUUCACACACCGCAAUCACAAGCCAAUACCUCUGGUGGCAAUAAACGUCACAAGGCUGGUGGUGGGCUUUCUGGUGCCCCUUUUCAUCAUGGUGGCUUGUUACAGCCUCAUUGUCUUCCGAAUGCGAAAAUCCAACUUCACCAAGUCUCGGAGCAAAACCUUGCGGGUGGCCCUCGUGGUGGUGACUGUCUUUUUUGUCUGCUGGACUCCGUACCAUAUUGUUGGAGUCCUAUUGCUGAUUGCGGACCCAGAAACUCAUUUGAUGGAAGCCGCGUUAUCCUGGGACCACAUUUCCAUCGCUUUAGCAUAUGCCAAUAGUUGCUUCAACCCUUUCCUUUAUGCCCUUUUGGGGAAGGACUUUAGGAAGAAAGCAAAACAGUCCAUAAAGGGUGUUCUGGAGGCGGCCUUUAGUGAAGAGCUCACACACUCUACCAGCUGCACCCAGGACAAAGCCUCUUCAAGGAAAAACAAUUUGAGUACAGAUGUGUGAAGAUGUGGAGUGGGGACCUAAGCAGAUGCUCCCAGGUGAAUACUGAUGAAGGAAGACAUGUUGAGCAGGACACUGACAGUCUGGUGGCCUCAGAGAGAGGGAUCUGAUUAUUGACAUCAGUA